AUGCAUGGCUUAAUCUUUGAGACAAGCAUAUGCUACUGGCAGGAUCAACCAGGUAGGGGAGCGAGCACGAGGAGCCGGGUGUGCCGGGAGCAGGGGGGGGGGUGGUGGCCCGGGACGCGGGCGAGCUGUAGCAGCGGGCGAGCCCAGAAGACCCGCGAGGCGAGGAAGCGGGGAGAAGGGGGUGUGGUCGGGAAGGCGCCCACCCGACCCACCGGCCCCCACACCCGCGGCGAGGACGCCCGAUCGCGCACACAACCCUCGGUCCACGAGGGACACAGCGCGCCGCGCCGGCCGCCACCGCGUGAAGGAACGAGGGGAGGGGCGCGGCGGGCCCCCCUCCUCCUCCGCACCCCACCCCCUCCCCGUCGCGGGCCCGCCCGCCCCGGCGGCCCCGGGAGCCGGGCCGGGGACCCCCGGCCGGGCCACGCCGCGGACGGCCGACGCGCCCUCAAGCGCCCGUCCGUCCCGCCCACCCCAGAGGGGCGGGGGACGCCGGGCAGCGAGGACACGGCGACCGGCCCGCGGGAGGCAGACCGGGGACCCGACCCGCGCUCGGGACAGCGCAUCGGAGCAGGGGGCGCGGCGGGGGGGGGGCUGCCCGCGACGACGUCGGCGGACAGGCGGCGGCGGCAAAGCGGGCAACAGAUCGGGGCCGCGGCAGGCCCGGGGAAGCGAGACACGCCAGGGCGCGGCCCCGGGGAGCAGCAGAUGGGGAGCGGACCGAGGCGGACGGACGGACGGACGGAGAAGGGCACGGACGGGGUGCAGCCACGUGACACCAACGCCACAGAACCGGCGGUGGAGGCGGGGGUGGCCGCGCGCCACCGCGAGGGGGAUGGCUCAAAACGACCCGGGGGAAGCGAGUCAGCCGCCAGGGCGCACCGCGGUAUCUCACCGCCAGAGGCCUCCCAGCACAGGGGCGGUCCCGAGCCGGCCCAGGAGAACGCUCUCCCGCCGCGUACCGGCGGCCCCCACAGCCCUCACACGCGCAACCCUGCUGUGCGCGCCAAGGCUCCCCCCGCCCCGCCCCCCUCUCAGGGCUCCGAGGGCCCUGCUCCACCCGGGGACGCCACCGGCCGACGGAGGCCGGGAGACACCCACGUGAGGCGAGGCCGGCUCGGUCCCAGACCGCGGGGAACGGGGGUGGAAGGGGACACAGGCGGUCGCACGCGCGGGACGAGGAGGAAGGCCGGCAGCGGUGGGGAGGGGCCGGCAAGCACGCGCAAGCAGGGGUCACGGGACCGGGGCGAGGGCGCCGCCCGGAGACCAGAAAACACCAGGACACAGCCGGGCCACCAGGAAAACCAGCGCGGGAUCCCACCGCCACCCACACACGAGGGCGGUCCCACAACGCCUGGGACGCCGGCCGCUCCUGGCCAUCCCUGGAGCGGGCCCCACACCCCAGCCCCGCCGCCAGGGCCGGCGUGCCGUCCACCCACCUUCCUCCAUCCAUCCAUCCAUCCUCAACAGAUCCGUCUUCCAUCUAAGUCUGACCCCGAGGCUCAACAUCCUGGGGACACACUCUCGAGCGAGGGCGGCCCAGACCGGGGGCCCACCACACCGCCACCGGCUGCGGCUCAGGGGCAAGGGCGGGCACGACAGGCUCCUCCUCACCACGGCUGCGGGGCUGGGGGAGCCGGGGCCGACCAGGCAGUCGCACCCCAACCCCCCCGCCUUCCCCCUGGGCUCACACCACGGGGCCGGCUGCGCGCACACAGCACACGCACGGCCCCCCACUCGCCGAACACCCGGCGGGGCCCGGCGGGACCCUCCCCCAACUCAGAGGGGGGAGGCGCGGGCCGCAUCGCCACGGUGGCCACUGCGCACUUGGGAGGGGCAGCAGCUGGGGGGUCCGGUACCCCAAGGCUCCCUCUCGGAUCGCUAGAGAAGGCUUUCUCACCGAGGGCGCACCGUCCCUCACCCAAUCGUCUCUCCUUCGGGCCCACGGAGGCACACCAGGAGCCGCCACUCAACUGGGCGGGAGGGGUCUGCGGCAUAGGGAGCACGCCAGGAAGGCGAAGCAAGCGCAUCUGCUGUGUCCAAAGCCCAACGGCCCCCACUAGGCACCCCAAGGCGGGGGACGGGAGACCGAAGGUCAGGGCCGGAGGCCACACCCCAACCCCUGCCUUCCUCACCCUGCCCGACGGGCAAGGGGGAAAGACAGGCGAGGGGCCCCGCGGACAGACCGAGAAGAGCGGACACGUUCACUGGGAACGCCCGUCCCUCGUCCGGCACGGCUUAGGCCCGGCCCGGGAGAGCACGACCACACCACAUCAAUCAGUUGAGCCAAGGUGGAGGGUGGGGGAGGGGGGAGAGAAGGCAGGGAGAAGGCACAGGCGAGGACAGUCACCAGAGGGGCCCGCUUUAAACCUCACCGGCAACCUCCCCCCCGUCCCUGCCCACAACCUCACACCUCAGGCGAGGGCGGCCAACGACCCCAGGAGGAGAACACCUGACACGUGGCACGGAGCCUACAGGGCUGGGGUCGUCCCAGCCACCACCGGGUGCCCGCAGCGGGGAGCGCAGGGCCAAAGACCCACACCGCCUUGCCCCACCGCCCUCGGGUCGCCCAGAGGCGGCACCACGAGCUGGGUCGGCCAGACAACACCACACAGGAGAGCGGGCGCACAGGCCCAGGCGGGCGGCUCCAGCAGCAAAGGCCGAACCAGGCGCCAGCUGGCGGCCCACAGGCCCAGAGCCCCGCGUGCAUCCAGAGACCCAAAGUCCUCGGUGGCAGACACCAAAGGAGACCGUGUCAGCACUUACCUGGUGGCAAAAAAUACCUAUUUUGGGCGACAAAAUGACAGCAGACGACAGCGGGGCCCAUCUACAACUCGCAAGGAGGGACCCCGGAACCUUGACCCGGCCACCUGUCCCCAGCACUACCCCAUGAACACCAGGCCUGGAGCUCUCGGGGGCCAUCUGGCGUACCGGUCCGUCCGAGUCUCCGAACGGGGAUUUGACUUCGAUGUGCAUAAAGAAAAAAGAAGAAAGAACCGUCAGCGGGGCGCCUCCAACAAGACGAGCGGGCCCCGACCAGGGCCCACGCCCGGGGCCCAGACCGUCCUACACAGGGCACCCAGGACGGCUCGAGCCGGUCCCCACCCACCUCCUGACUGA